UUUUUUUUUUUUUUAGCAGAUUUAUGAAAAUAUGCAUCGGUUUGAUACUGUCUUGGAAUUCAUGAGAUGGAAGCAUAGGUCAAAGCUGUUUGGAGAAAAUUGGAACUACAGUUUUAUCUAGCCGCAUCCCUGAGGAAUCUGAAGAAAGCAGCAGGUGAAAGUCAUCGUCAAGUUGAUUUCAUUCUUCUAUAAGGAAAUCUCAUUCGGUAAAGCCAUUUAAAUUAGUGAAACAGCAGGAGCAGUAGUUCAGAGUGGCAGUGGACAAGAUACGUGGGCAUUGAACAAUGACUCAGCCUUGUACUUCCAUCAGAUUAUUGGGAGCCUGUCUGCUCAUCAUUUCUCAUGUUCAAGGGCAGAAUCUAGACAGUAUGCUCCAUGGCACUGGUAUGAAAUCAGACUUGGACCAGAAGAAGCCAGAAAAUGGAGUGACCUUAGCACCAGAGGAUACCUUGCCUUUCUUAAAGUGCUAUUGCUCAGGACACUGCCCAGAUGAUGCUGUUAAUAACACAUGCAUAACUAAUGGGCAUUGCUUUGCCAUUAUAGAAGAAGAUGAUCAGGGAGAAACCACAUUAGCUUCUGGGUGUAUGAAGUAUGAAGGCUCUGAUUUUCAAUGCAAGGAUUCACCAAAAGCACAGCUACGCAGAACAAUAGAAUGUUGUCGGACCAAUCUGUGCAACCAGUAUCUGCAGCCUACACUGCCCCCUGUGGUUAUAGGUCCGUUCUUUGAUGGCAGCAUCCGAUGGCUGGUUGUGCUCACUUCCAUGGCUGUCUGUAUAAUCGCUAUGAUCAUCUUCUCCAGCUGCUUUUGUUACAAACAUUACUGUAAGAGCAUCUCAAGCAGAGGUCGUUACAACCGUGAUUUGGAACAGGAUGAAGCAUUUAUUCCGGUAGGAGAAUCAUUGAAAGACCUGAUUGACCAGUCACAAAGCUCUGGUAGCGGAUCUGGACUACCUUUAUUGGUUCAGCGGACAAUUGCCAAACAGAUUCAGAUGGUUCGGCAGGUUGGUAAAGGCCGUUAUGGAGAAGUAUGGAUGGGUAAAUGGCGUGGCGAAAAAGUGGCAGUCAAAGUAUUUUUUACCACUGAAGAAGCUAGCUGGUUUAGAGAAACAGAAAUCUACCAGACGGUGUUAAUGCGUCAUGAAAAUAUACUUGGUUUUAUAGCUGCAGACAUUAAAGGCACUGGCUCCUGGACUCAGCUGUAUUUGAUUACUGAUUACCAUGAAAAUGGAUCUCUCUAUGACUUCCUGAAAUGUGCCACAUUAGACACCAGAGCCCUACUCAAGUUAGCUUAUUCUGCUGCCUGUGGUCUGUGCCACCUCCACACAGAAAUUUAUGGUACCCAAGGAAAGCCUGCAAUUGCUCACCGAGACCUGAAGAGCAAAAACAUCCUUAUUAAGAAGAAUGGAAGUUGCUGUAUUGCUGACCUGGGCCUGGCUGUUAAAUUCAACAGUGAUACAAACGAAGUUGACAUCCCCUUGAAUACCAGGGUGGGCACCAAACGCUACAUGGCUCCCGAAGUGCUGGAUGAAAGCCUGAAUAAAAACCAUUUCCAGCCCUACAUCAUGGCUGACAUCUAUAGCUUUGGCUUAAUCAUCUGGGAAAUGGCUCGUCGGUGUGUUACAGGAGGAAUAGUGGAGGAAUAUCAGUUACCAUAUUACAACAUGGUGCCCAGUGACCCAUCCUAUGAGGAUAUGCGUGAGGUUGUGUGUGUCAAACGCUUGCGGCCAAUCGUGUCUAACCGCUGGAACAGUGAUGAAUGUCUUCGAGCAGUUUUGAAGCUGAUGUCAGAAUGCUGGGCCCAUAAUCCAGCCUCCAGACUCACAGCUUUAAGAAUCAAGAAGACACUUGCAAAAAUGGUUGAAUCCCAGGAUGUAAAGAUUUGACAGUUAAACAGCUGUGAGGGAGAAUCUAGACUGAAGAACUCCACCCAAGGAAUGGGUGGAUUAGCAUGGACUAGGAUGUUGGCUUCAUUUUCAGACUCUUUCCUCGCCACAUCUUCACAGGCUGCUAACAAUAACCCUUUCAGUACUCUGCAGAAUGCAAGAUUGGAACUUCCAAACACGUCAUUCUUUCUAUACAGACAGGACAGCUUUGUUUGAAAUGUUUGGGUUUUUAUAAACUGCAUCAAGAGUCCAAUCCUGAUAAGAAGCUUCUGGUCUAACUCUGGGUACUCAGUAUCCAAUCCAUAAAGUGAUGCUUUCUGUGAAAGCCUUGAGAAAAUGAAUGAGCUCAGCAGAGAUGGAGAGACAUGUUUGCCUUCUGUCAGAGAAAACAUCUUUUUGUGUUCUGUCUUUGUAAACAGCCUAUAGAUUGUGACCUCUUGGGGAUACUGCCUGGUUAUGACGCUGCGCCAUGCUUUAAUCUGCACCCCAGAGUUCCUCGGCGGCCGGGGGGCUAAGAAGAAAAGCAUGUGUGGCUGUGUAGGAGGGACUGUGGCGGUGGUUGAAACAUGCAAUAUCUGAUCAACAUUCACCAGUCUCAUACAAACCGUCUACCUGGUAACUGUAGUCACUUCUCCACCAACUUUAUUUUUAACACAAUAGUUGUAAAGGCCAAAUCAGUUUAAAGUGUCCAUAAAUUUGGACUGUGUUCUUCUGUCACCAUUUUGUUUUCUUUUUUGGUAAUUUUUUUUUUAAAUGAAACACCUCCUGUCCAGAGUUGAAACUCCCUGCUUUGAACCAUACUUUGAAAGAAAAUGCCUCUUCCUGGAGUCAGCCUUACUGUAUCUGAUAACGAUGUGCAUGCCUGUGAUCAAAUUCUGAAGUCUUUGCCCUCAGUACAUCUUAAAAAGGGAAGUUGUUUAUCAUGUGUAAUGCGCUUUUAUUUUCAAAACCUACAUAAUCAUCUUUCUAGCCAUAUUUUACAUACAUACAUAUAUACAUACUUUUCUUCAUUCUAUACAAAACAGCUCCCAUGGAUCUCACAUCCGAUCCUCAAUGGGGGAGAAUGUUUUAAAGUAGAACUAGGUGUGAAUUUCAGAAUUCAUGCAUUUAAAAACUUCACUAAGAUAUUGCAUCAUUCUUCUUUUAUGAAGGAUGUCAGCUAAUAUAAAUUUGUCAGUAACUGGUAAAUGUAUUUUAGAUACCUAAAUCUUUUGAAAUUUGGUUUUACAGUUUCUGGUCUCUAACUUGUGGAGACAGAGUCAGGCAGAAGAGCCUAGUAUCUGCUCACUGUCCAUAUCUGCACUGAACUGCUAUUACUAAAUACAAGGAUUCAUUUUUAUAGAGGCCUUGUUAUCUCAAAGAACAGUUCUGGUUCAGACUUACAUGCUGAUACCAUACUAUUUAAACGUUUAUUCUGAGCAAACAAGCCAUGAGAGGAUCAACCGACAUUGUCUCUUUGAAUGAAACAUAAAUUAACAUAGUCAACCGUUUUAAAUUAAACGUUUGGGAGGCUGUCCAUCUGCUCAUUUAUGACUAAAUUUAAUCUAAUACCUGCACAUCAUAUUCCACAAGUUUGAGGUUGGUUUUGGCUGUUUUGUUUAAUGGGUUUCGUCUAGUCUAACCAAAGCCUGAGAACACAGGAGAUCUGAGUUACCUGAGCCAAGUUUACCUGGAUAUAGUUUUGCCUGAUGACACACCUAAGGAAUGGCAAACUUCAUUCAUAGGUGUGCUUAAAUGGUGUGCAGAGGCCACUGUAAUGACUCUUUUCUAAGUAGCUUGGUCUGAAGAAAGGGGCCCACAGAACUCUAGUUACUGCCUUCCCAAGCUGCCUUUCAGUACACUCAUUAGAAACAGUAACAUUCUUUAAAAGGCAAAUGCUGCUAUAAUCCUCAUUUGGAAUCCUAAAAUCUAAAGUUGAAUUAAACUUAUUUUUCCUCUCCUCCCUCUUACUCUUUUAAGUUUGAAAUUCAGUAAGUGAAAUAGUUAAAGACUGUCUCAGCCCUUGGGGCCAGUGAGAGGCUCGGUGGGUAAAGACGUUUGCUGCUGAGCCUGCCAGCCACAGCUCAAUCUCUGGGACACGUGAAAGGAGAGAUCUGGCUGCCCCAUAAUUGUCCUCUGACAUCCACAUACUCUGUGGCAUGAUUCCCCACCCACCCACACACACACAUCAUGCACUCCACAUAUUCAAACACAAAUAAAUGUAGUUUAAAAAAAUAUAACCAACUGGUAAAAGAAAGUAUUGUGUAGUUACUAAUUAAUAACUUGUAAAAAUCUGUAAACUCAUUUGGUCCCACUAACACCAGCAAUCCCUUUAAAUGACUAAAAUAUGAGAGCCAAAACCCAAACUACCUAAAUAAAUAUCAAAUGAUCCAGAAAGAUGUCAUGAGUGGCUUGUAUGGCCAGGAGUUGCUGGUGGUAUGGAACAUGUUAAGAUUUGCCACAACUUGAGUCUCUGAGACUUCAUCAGCUCUGAAUACAAAAUCUGAACUGAUUUCUCUGGAAAUAUUGUAGCAAAAGAUAUUUUAGUCAGUAUGUUAUCCUUCUCGUGUCCAGAAAUGUUCCUAAGUCUAUAGUGACCUAUUGCUUUUUAUCAGCUGUUGUCCUGGAAUGUGCUGGUUUUCAUUCAUUCGUUCUAAUGAUAUUCAAUACUUUUUUUCUUUUUAGAUGUUUUUCUUGCUUAGUAUAAAAAGACUGUAAUUUUUAAGAACUAUGCAUCUCUGAUUUGACCCAAGAUCAAGUUGGAUAUUGAGUAGUCUAUUCCAGGGCAGAUUUCCUAAAUGAAAGCACUUGUCCUUUCAGAUUGUUUGAAGUGUUUCCAAAUGUCUACGAUAAUUUUAACAGAAGUGUAAAUGAUGUAGACAGGUUAUGUAGCCCUUGUGGUAAUAACGCAGAUUGACUGGGUCAGAUAUUAAGCAGCGACAGUUUGCUCUCCUCCUGGCUGUGAGGAGGUGGAGACCAGGCAAGCAGAGCCUUUUCCUCUGGUACAGUGUGUGAAGCCACAGGAAGGAUCAUCCCAUAAGGAAAGCUUAGGAAUAUGGCUUUUGCAAAGACUUAGACAUAAUACUGUAACUUUAGGUUGUACUCUGUACUCUUUCAGUGGAAUUAUUUAAGCUCUUUAGUGACCUUUGUUCUUCUCACUUAAAAGCUAAAAUGUAGUAUAUAUUGUAUAAAAUGGAAAUAUUAUAGCUUAGGGAAACUGUACAUAAGGCAUUGACAAGUUAAAGAGCAUUUUUAUUAUGCAGUUGUAAAACACCAAAAAUACAGAAUCUUCUUUGAUAUGUAACACACUAAAUGUAUUUUGUACAGCAUCUGAUUUAAAAGGUGCCUUAUUAAGUUUACCAUUAAUUGCUUUGUUCUAUAUACAGAUUAUGUCCAGUGUAUCAUUUUUCAGUAAAUAACCUUAUUUUAGUAUACUUCAGUGAUGUGUUUUGUGAUGCUGUUCUUGGAUUUAUUGUGUAUCAGAAGUCAUCUGUUGAAAUUUUAUAGUAAGUAAGUCAGUGUACAUAUAUACGUUCCUGAACGUGCAUUUCUGCUUCCCAGAACCAGCAUGGAACAUGGCUAGGUAAGUGGCCGUACAUUUUUGCCUUUAUGUAGAGAGAUGAUGAACCUACUAUAGUGAGGGGAUUUUUUUCCUUCUAUAAAAAAAUAAAACAUGGUUUUCUGGUUAUAAAAAUGUGUAUUUAUGACAGAACUUUUGGGAAACAGAAAAGAAUAAAGAAGCAAAUAAACUACUCCGUUUUAUUGACAGACACACCA